CUUCUUCUUCUCGACUCUUCCUGGUUCCUUCUACUGGAUGUCACAGCGGCUGCCAAGCGGUUUGUCAAACAAGUCCAAAGUUGUCCAGACACGGGAGGAGGAUGAACCCAACGGCGAGGAGACGGCAGCUGGGUGAAGACUUCGCACCGUGUAGACCUCGUUUCAUAAAAUGAUAAACGGACGCGGUGUUUUUUUACGAGACUACCGGGCGGCAGCAGCAGGGACGCUGCUGUAGCACAGCGGGCUAGCUGCUCGGCUAGCUGCUGCUAGCCACCUCGCGAGCUCGCAGCCGUUGGUCUGUUAACUGACUGUUAGCUUCGAGACGUUGACGGUCAAGUUUGUCUGACUUCAGACGGUCGAGAAGAAACUGUUCGAGCGAACCGAAGAGGACAAUAUGGAGAGUACGAGCGGAGUGCAGAUGAGGAAUCACCCUCGCAGACAGCUGAAGAAGCUGAGCGAGGACAGUCUCACCAAGCAGCCAGAGGAAGUCUUUGAUGUCCUGGAGAAGCUGGGUGAAGGGUCGUACGGCUGUGUGUUUAAAGCUCAUUAUAAAGAGACCGGGGAGAUUGUGGCCAUCAAGCAAGUUCCUGUGGAAUCUGACCUGCAGGAGAUCAUCAAGGAAAUCUCCAUCAUGCAGCAGUGCAACAGUCCACAUGUUGUGCGGUACUACGGCAGCUACUUCAAAAACAGUGACCUGUGGAUCGUUAUGGAGUAUUGUGGAGCAGGAUCAGUGUCCGAUAUCAUCCGAAUACGCAACAAGACGCUAACAGAGGAGGAGAUAGCCACCAUCGUGCAGUCAACUCUGAAGGGUCUGGAGUAUCUUCACUUCAUGAGAAAAAUCCACAGAGACAUCAAAGCAGGAAACAUCCUGCUGAACACGGAGGGCCAGGCCAAGCUGGCCGACUUCGGAGUUGCCGGACAACUCACAGACACCAUGGCGAAGCGAAACACAGUCAUCGGCACGCCAUUCUGGAUGGCUCCAGAGGUCAUACAGGAGAUCGGCUACAACUGCGUGGCCGACAUCUGGUCUCUGGGAAUAACAGCUAUAGAGAUGGCUGAGGGGAAGCCGCCUUACGCUGACAUACACCCCAUGAGGGCCAUCUUCAUGAUCCCCACCAACCCACCUCCAACAUUCAGGAACCCGGAUCUGUGGUCUGAGUCCUUUAGAGACUUUGUCAGCCAGUGUUUGGUGAAAAACCCAGAAACCAGGGCGACUGCCACACAGCUGUUACAGCAUCCAUUCAUCAAGUCAGCCAAGCCCAACUCCAUCCUCAGAGCCCUGAUCACAGACGCCAUGGAGAUCAAGUUGAAGAGACAAGAAGAAGCGGAGCAGAGAGAGCAAGAAGCUGAUGAUGAUGACAAUUCGGACGAGGACGAGGUGGACCAGGGAACAAUGGUGCGAGCCGGAACAGGCGACUCAGGAACGAUCCGGGCUGCUGGUUCGUUAGCGAGUUCACUCGGUGGUACUGCUCGGACUAUGAUCGAACACGAUGACACUGGAACCAUGCAGUCACAGCUGGGCACCAUGGUCAUCAACUCUGACGAUGAUGAUGAGGAAGAAGCUGGUACUAUGAAAAGGAGGGACGAGACGAUGCAGCCGUCCAAGCCGUCCUUCCUGGAGUACUUUGAGCAGAAAGAGAAGGAGGCCAACAGUCACAAUGACGGAGGAGGAAAAGGAGAAAACUACGCAGACAAUCGUAAACUGCCAGCUGAGGGAGAUCUUCAAGUGGUGAGCACGUGGUCGGUGGACGAGCUGCGUCUGCGUCUGGCCUCUCUGGACCCUCAGAUGGAGCAGGAGAUCGAGGAGAUCCGGCAGCGUUACCAGGCCAAGAGGAAGCCCAUCCUGGACGCCAUCGAGGCCAAAAAACGACGGCAGCAGAACUUCUGAGAGGAAACUGCCGAGCUCGUCACAGCAGCAGCUGCAGGUUCGAUCUCUGAAACGAAUCUCACAGCUGCUGACGGACACGAGACGACAAAACUGUAACGAUCUUCACUGAUGUCAAACUGCUGAAGAAGAACAAAGAGCUCAUCUUUGUCCAGAUAUUAAUAUUGUGUCUGUUUGAUUUAACACCAUGUUUCCUUUAUUUUGCCUUCUGGAGACAAUCUGAGUCUUCAAGAUCUGUUUUGGAUUUCUGGUUUUUAAUGGUUUCAGGAAGUGAGAGAGUUUGAUGUCACACCAUCAGCAGCUGAUUGGACGUUUGACUUUCUUACCGUUUAUUUCUCAGAUGUCUUUAAGUUUAGUUUUGUGUGGUACAAAGUCAUUUUAACUGCUGUCUGUAUGAACUAGGUACUCGUCUUAAACUCCUCAAGUGUUUCCAGUCUUUGUUGGUAGAUGAUGACGCUGCUGGACUUCUCAGUUCUCUCGCUCUGGAGAUGGAUCAUGACCUGGUCCAGGUGAAGUCUGAACAUGCAGGUUAUUAGUUUGUUUGGACACAGCUGCAUUUGAAUGUUCCUCUCAAACUGGAAUUUUAAUUUUCUGAUAGCAAACGUUUUGACUUUGUUUAAUUUGUUGUCCAGCGUUUGUGUCCUGAGUUCGCUGCAAACAGACUCGGGUCGACAAAUUGUUGAAUUGAUCAAAGCGUUUAAUUCCUGGAUUUGUUAGUUUGAUCAGGCACCGAGGACCAAAAUCAGAUUUACCCCCAAAAAACGUGCCAAGAAGCUGCAGACUGAAUCUGUCGUCUGAUUUCACUUCUAACAUUCCUCGGAGCAACUCAGCCGCUCGUGUUUCAUACGUCACAAGGAGGAUUUAUAUUUUUCUACACAUGUUUAGACGUCAGUCACAUGUUGGCUCGGAGAGUUUUGAUCACAGGGACGUCGUCAGAAUGAAAACCAGCUUCUCAGGUCAUAAAACUCCUCAGGGUGUAAAAUAAUGAUGAGAAAAUGACUGUAGAUAGUUUCACACAAAGAGUCGCGUCUGUGUAUAUAUGAGCACCUCUGAGCUGUAUUUGUAUAUUGUGAUUAAUUUGAUCAGUUGACGUGUUUCACCCCCAAAACGCGACACUUCUUCUUUAAGUUAUUACUCUGAAUAUUAAACUGUAUCAGUAAGAAUCGAUGUUGAUGUUUUGGGGGAGAAACACGUCAGCUGAGUUCAGACCUGAUAACAAAAUACUGUAUUCAAACCUCCAGACUUGUUGUCGAUGUGCAGGACUGUCAGUGACACGUGAGCACAAUUCAUUCUCAUGUUGCUGUUCUGUGUUACAAGCAUAGCAAACAGUUUCUGCUUAUUUUGUCAGUUUUGGAUGUUUUUCUGUUUUUUUUUCUGCACAGUGAUCGAAUACAGAACCAUGAAAAAAAGGGAAAAUACUGAAAAUUAUGGAGCUCGAUUGUUUAAAAUGUGGUGCUGAGCUGUUUGGGACACGUCAGGAAUUAAAGUCGUAAUCACUGGAGAAGAUCUGAACAGAAGUGAAACUGUUCACAUGUUCUGGAAUCAGUUCUUACAGGAAUCACUGUUUUUGUUCUUUGUCUUCUUUUGAAAAAAACUUGUUAAUGCUUUUAAUUAUUGUCUGAACCUUCAACACAACAUUGUUUUCUGUAGACUGGUGACUAAAGAUUUGUUUGUUUCGGUCAGAAUCACUGAUUUGUGCAAAAAAAGAAAUAUAAUCUAUAAUAUAGACACAUCUGGACUAUGUUUAAUUGUGUUUUAAAGGAACAGUUCUUCCAAAAACUGAAUGUAAAUCCAGUAUUCAUCUUCUCCUCCUGAUGAUAUAAAGUCAGCUGAAGUGUCGUCGUCCACACAACAUUUCUGGAGCUUCACAGUAAAACGAACCUCACCUGAAGCAGCUGGAGACUUGAUUGAAAACAUGCAGAUUAAUUGAGCUCAGCCGCUGUGAUCUGGACCCCAGAGAUCCAAACUGAUUGGGAAAUCUGAACUCUUCACUGCCGACCUUCUUUAUUACAAGGCUCAGAUUUUAAACUUGAAGCACCAGGAGCUGGACUUUUACAUUUCCUCUGUCUGACCUGUUAAACUCUGGAUUUGAAUGUUAAAACAGUUUAUUAGUUUUCAUGUUGGAGGUUAAAACAAGUAAACAAUCAAAAGUACAAAACAAAACAAAGCAGCUUUUUUGUUGUCAGUUUGAUUCUUGUGAAUCGUCUCUUUUAACAGACGCGCUUAAAAACUUUCAGAAAUAAGAGUAUUUUUGUACUUAGUAACGGUCAUAAUUAAUAACUGGGCUAAUCAGUUAAAUAUCAAAAUGUUGAGGGGCCACAUUCAGCUCGCAGGCCGACAGCGUGAACUGAUUUCUCCUCUGUGGCUGCACGAGGUCGAGCGCUGAGGGUGGAAAUGAUGUUUUGGGGAUUUGGGAACCUGGAGCUUGUGGAGACUCGGUGUUACACAGGACGAGAUAUAUGGAGACAUUUUAUGUGUUUUAUUUUUAUUCUUUUAUGUUUUAAAACAAGUCUCCAGCUACUUCAGUUGUUUAGGAGAAAGCUGCUGCUGUUUUACUGUGAAACGUCAAAAACUUGGACUUUCCAUCAGCACAGAGGAGAAAAUGACUGCAUUUACAUUUUCUUUUCUUUUUUUGUAACUGUUCCUUUAACUGCUCUCUGUAGGAAACGAUCUGUCUAAAGAUGUUUCAGUAGAACAAUCACUUCACCAGGCUCGUUGGCAUCUAAACUUUUGCUGAAGCACAAAGUGAACGGAGUCGUGUUACCACCUCCGGCUGCUCGGAUGUUUCAUUUCUUCCCUCUCAUGGAUCAUCGUCAGUCGCUCAGAUAUCUUUUUAAUAUUUUGGUUGUUCAGGUGUUAAACCUGUGUGGUCUCAGCACAGUAUUCAAGUUCAAACUGUAAAAUAUUCAAAAGUAAACCUUCAUUUGGUUCCACAUGAAACUGUGACGCCUGAAAAAUUGAAGUGGAGGAAAUAAGAUUGACACGACACAGUUUGUGUUGUGUGUUGGGCCUGUUCUCUCUCUGUGGAUCUGCUGUUAACUCGACUCUGAACUCUCUCGUUUGCACACUUGCUGUUUGAUGCCUGAUUUGUUGUUCAGUUUCUGAAAUAAAGCUGUUUAUGCCUUAAAGUAUGCAGUGCAAAGUUGUGCAUAUGUUUGAGAUCACUGAUAUUUGGUUUGUGUAUUUUAUUUGUUUUGGAUUUUGCUCGUCUAAUAAAGAAAUUAAUAAAAGUCGGGAAAGUUAAAGUUCUA